AUGUCCCUGAAAGCAUGCAUCGAUGGAUGGAAGUACUUGAGGAAGGUGCUAGUGGUGGACGACACCCACAUGUUUGGAAAGUACAAAGGUGUUUUGCUAAGUGCCAGCGGACAAGAUGCUAACAGCCGCGUAUUCCCGAUUGCUCUCGCAGUAGUGGAAAGCGAGAACACAGAAUCUUGGACAUGGUUUUUCCAGAGGUUAUCUACUAUUGUAGAGGAUGGUUUUGAUUUAAGUAUAAUAUCAGAUAGAUGCGCAGCAAUUUUCGCAGCGAAAGAUAAAUGGUACCCACGUGCACACCAUGGUAUUUGUCUCGUACACCUCCAGUGUAACGUUAAUGAUAAGUUUAAGGGGCUGCAACAGAAAGCAAUGGUUGGCAGAGCUGGGGAUGCGUUCAGAGUUUCAGAGUUUAAGGAGAUAAUGGAGCUUAUUAAACUGACGGAUUGGAGAUGCUGGGAUUAUUUGGAGAAGAUCGACAAGAAGCUAUGGACACGUUCACAUUUCGAAGGGGAGAGAUUUAACGUGAUGACUUCUAACGCUGCUGAAUCGUUGAAUAAUGCUCUUCUGCCCGCUCGUGAUAGUCCUAUAUAUAAUGGCAUUGUUCGAGUUUAUUCGCCGGAAGCUGUGUACAUGGUAUGUGAGCAGCGCACCGAGAUUAGUAAGAUGAAGGGAAAUGUUCCAGAUAAUAUUCAAAAGAUAUUGGUCGAACAGCUGGUGCUGUCAGCGGGCCUUCUAGUUAUGCCAUGUUCGACUUGGUUAUUCGAAGUUACGCACAGGCCAACUAAUUUUGGUUUCACGGUUGAUCUGGAUAAACGAACUUGCACUUGCCUCGAAUUCCAAAAGCUUGGUUUGCCAUGCCGACAUGCCAUUGCUGCUGCUUCUUGCCGUAAUAUGCAGUACACCAUGUUUGUUUGCAAACACCAUCUCAAAGAGACAUGGGCUGAAACAGUUAGGGGUAUCAUACUUCCGGUUCCGGAUCCAAAGGAUGUUGAAGUGCCAGCCGAAAUACUAACGGUUGAUCUUUAUCCACCAACGACCAAACGAACGAAGGGAAGACCAGGAAUCAAACGUAAACUGUCCGCAGGAGAGAUACCGGUAAGACUGUGGUGUUGA